AUGGCUAACUUCAGAACCGUUACCUUUGAUCGUUAUUAUACGAGCGUGAUGGCAGCGUUUCAAUCAACAGCUGGUUCGUUAUCACCACUGCCUUACUGCAGUUCUAUAAGACCGCUGUCCAUCGAGGAAAUGUUAUCAGAAAUGAAUUUCACAGUUAACGAAUCUGAGAUACGGCCUUUAACGCCACCUAGAUCACCAGUCGAAAGCCUCUCUGAUUCCAGUGAUUCAAUUUGUUGCAGCAAGAGCGACUUUGUUCAAGAAAUUAGUAAAGCGCUGAAUAAACUUUACGAAGAUUCUGUGCAAAAUAAUCGAGCACAGUACAAGAAGGCAAUGGAUCAUUUGGAUGAUUUAUUAAGCAGGUAUAAGAGGCGAGAUCGGCGUGAACGACGAUCAUCAAUUGGAACUUUGUAA